AAUGCGCUUGGAUUUUGAGAUUCUGAGGCAGAGACGGGGAGCGCCUUAGUUUUUCAUGCAGGAUUUUAAUUGUUUGUUGCUUUUUUCCUCCUUUGUUUUAUUUUUGUACUCUUCUUUCUGAGUGUCAACGCAUUGCCUGGAGUUCCUAUCACUUACAAGGGUUUGCAUUUCUCGGUUUUGCAUGACGCGCUUCGGAGGGGAGAGAGCCUUUCUUUGCGUGUUUGUGGAAAUAAAAAGCGGAGCUGGAAUAGGAAGGAAGCUGUGCCAGUCGCGUUGUGGGUUGGACUGGCCACGGUGCGUGAGAUUCACUGACAGAGGCAGACAAAAAGAGCACAAGAGGCAGCGGUGGCAGUUGUGGAGUGAAUACCGGAGGCUCGUAAUGAAAAGGCACAAUGGAGUAACGUCUGUGGGGAAUGUAUGGUGAAGAUUCGGUUGGUUUGCCGUGACGUGGCUCUUGGAUUUAGUUUCAGUGGAUUGGAGUCUGCUGCAGAACUCAAGGACUGGGAUGUUUUGUCUACCGGUUUUCACAUUGGGGAAGUUCCGGAGCAGGAUUGAUUGACUGACUGGUAUAUCGACUCGUGGAGAAUUCCGAGUGUACUUUGGCACCGUUUCUGGAUUUGGAGGUUUGUGGGCCUGCACUAAGGGAAACCGUGCCCGGCUGGACCUGGGAUUGCUUGGGGGGUGGGGGGGGGAGAGAUCCCAUUUUUCCGAAUCGGAAUUAGCCGUUUUCGGUCCCGAGACGGCCCCCACCCUCGUGGAGACCCGCCGGGGCCCCCUGGCGGGAGUGACCCGGACGAUGGACGGCCGGCGGCCCGGCGGAAUCCAGAGGAAGAGGCGGUCGCGGUCUCAGCGUGACCGCAACCGCGAGCGCGGGGCCACGGGGCUGCGGACGGCCAACGGGAGGCCCAGCCCGCACCGCUUCUCCUCCGAUUCGGAGAAGGAGGAGGGGGGCAAGCGGCCCUCCUCCCGGCCCAGGCCCCCCAGGAGGAAGAGGAAGGACUCCACCUCGGCCGAAGAGGAUGUCAUCGACGGCUUCUCCAUCGCCAGCUUCGUAACUCUGGAAGCUCUGGAGAAGACCAUGUCCCUGCAGCCGCAGGGCCAGGCCGGUCUGGACGGGGGCCCGGGGCCCCUGCGGAAGAAGAGGCCCGGCAAGCUGGCCCGGGGCCCGGGCAGGGGCCGGCCCCACCUCCACCCGGGGCACUCGGACCAGGAGAACCGGCUCCUCCUCCCGCCCCACGCACUCGGCCGGAAGAAGGCGGGACAGAAGAACCAGCGGCCGCUCAAACCGGGGCAGAGUAACUGCCAAGACAGCGACAACGAAAGUGCCGGCCGAGACUCCAGGCCCUGCCUGCAGAGCAGCUCCAGAGACAGGCUAACUGACCGUGACAGCGAAAGUGACCAAGAAGACAAGGGUUCUGAUGCCAGCUCGGAAAGGUUCUUCAGCACAGGCGCACACAGAGUUACGGGUUACGCAGCCGAUGCUCCCAGCGCUGAUGUCGUCCAGGACUCGAGAGGACCGGGGGCCCCCCCCCAGGUUUCAGGCCUAGAGCGAAGCCAGGAGAGCUGCAGGGACCCCCACCCGCCGGGGUCCCCCGCCAGGCCCCGCAGCCCGGCCCCAGGGCCCCGCCGCUCGGGCCCCGCCCCCCCGGCCCCCGGCCCGCCCCUGGAGCCCCCGAGGACCGCCCCGUCCGUCUCGUCCCCGCUGCAACCCCAACUCCUGCCCUCGCCUCGCCCCCUGCCCCCUCCGACCCCCAACCCCCACCCGCGACCCCCCUCCUCCGGCCUCCCGCCCAUCCCAAACCAGGCCGGACCCCACCGGCCCCCGUCCCGGAGCCUGCAGCGCCCCCUGUCUGCCUACAGCAGCAGCCUCAGCCUGACCAGCCAGCAGGCAUGCUGCCAAGUGUCCCUCCAAUAA